AUGAACAAAAACGACGACACAACACAAGCACCUCAACCAUUAACAUUAGAACCAUUAAGUUAUCUUGCAAAUCAUUCAGUAGCUGGUGAUCCAAAUGAGCCUCAAAAAAUGGAAACCUAUGCAAACAAUAUAACAACUAAUAUCAUAACAGAUGCAAGUAGAGUAGCAAGUGGAAAACAUCAUGAAAAUAUUGAUAAUACAGGGAUGGAUAAUAGUGAUGGAUUAAAUUCUAGUUUGUCUCCAACAUCAAACCAGAUACAUCAACCUGAACAUUCCAUAAGUAAUGGUAUUCAUAGUGACAAUGAAUUUGAUAAUGAAGAUAUCCAAAAAAAAAUGAAUACUGUUAUUCAUGAUAUUCGAUCAGGACCUGGUGAUGAUACAAAUACUUCACGAAAAUCAAUAACAUCAAAUCAUUUACAAGAUGGUCAAAUUAAUACUUCAACACCUAUUACUAAUAAUCCAUCAACAGAAAUGGAUUUAACAUCCAAAACGUCAACUGAAAAUCCAAUAAAUGAAUCAGCUUCAGUUGAUCAUCAUAUAUCAACUGAACAACAUUUACCAUCACCUGUUCAACAGGUUGAAAUUUCAUCAGAUGAUGAUGAUCAUCAUAGAAAACAAGCAACAUCAAUCAAUACUACAAGUCUUAUUAACAGUACUACUGAUCAACACCUAUCAGAACAAGAAAAUCAUAUAAAAAAUCCAUCCGAUGAUGAUUUUUUUGAUACAAAAGCAGGAACUAUUGAUGAUGAUAAACGACCAUCAAGUGCUGUUAAACAAAGUAUUUUUGAUGAAACAACACAUUUUGCUACAACAUCAACAAAACCAUCGUCUUCAAGAGUACAAUCAGCAACUAGUAAACGAUCGGUUCAAGUUACACCCGAUGAACCAUCAACAUCUGGCGAUGAAAAACACAUUCAAAUGACUCCAUCAAAAUUAUCACCUGAUACUGGUAAUGAUACUGAUCUUGAUAAUCAAGAAGUAGCAACUGUUGCUCGACGCCCAUCACGUGCCAUGUCACCAGUUCAUCGUCCACGAUCACCAACACCGAAUGAUUCACGUAAAGCAUCAAUCACUAUUGAACCAUCAUCAUCAUUACAUACUAAACAAUUACAAUCACCCACACAUGUCACAAUAGGUGAUCAUACAACAAGUUCAACUUUAAAUAAUAAUAAAUCAAUUUCACCUAUAGUAUCAAAUGAUAAUCAAGAAGACGAAGAAGAACAAAAACAAAAUUUUGAACCACUAACAACAAUUAUUUCACCAACAUCACGAAGAGAAAGUACAAAUAAAAAUGACCAGCAACAAACAUCACGACCAACAAGUGCUACUAAAACAAAAUUUGAUGAUAGUUCAUUUGAACCAUCAACAAGUCGACCAACUAGUAGUAGUCUACAUCAUUCAACAACAGUAGAUGAUCAUUUACAACUUGUUAAACCAGGUGAACAACUUCAAAUUCCAACAGAUGAUUUUGAUAAUGAACGAAUAAAUAGUCCACCACCGUCACCAUCUGGUAUUAAAUCAACGGCAUUAACUGAUUCAUCAUUAGAAAAUAAUGUUACUCAAAAAGAACAAGAUCAUUCUCGACGACCAAGUGAAAUAAAUCGAAAAAGUCCAACAAAAAGUAUGAUUAGUAAUGGAAAAGAUAUUGAUGGAGAAGUUCUAUCAUCAAAUAGUCCAAGAGAAAAUGAUGCUGACCAACAACAAACAGAUAUUACUCAUCAAAAAUCGGCAAGUCGACGUGAGAGUCAGGUAAUUGGACAAACAGAACACAUUUCAAGCAGUCGUCGAGCAAGCACUUCUCAACAACAAGACCAAUUUGACAGUCAUCGACAACAAUUAACUGAAAGUCGACGAACAAGUCAUGUUGCACAAGAACCAACAAAUCAUGAAGAAAGUUUUGUUCCCGAAGAUCAAACUAUCCAUCGAAGAGAAAGUACUGAUUUUCAACAAAAACCUUCUAGCCGAAAAGGAAGUAUUGCUUCUGAAAAACAAAUACCUAGUAAGCGGACAAGCAUUACUGCAGAACAUCAAACUUCCAGCCGUCGAGAAAGCACUACUAAUGAAUUGCCAUUAUUUAGCGAACGAGAAAGUACUGCUGUUGAAGAGAAACUGUCUAGUCGGAAAGGAAGUACUGCUACUGAACAUGAAGCACCCAGCAAACGAGGAAGUAUUGCUCAUGAACAACAUACUUCCAGUCGUCGAGGAAGUACUAUUGAUGAAACGCAUGUAUUAAGCAAACGAGGUAGUAUUACUGUUGAACAAAAGCCUUCUAGCCGAAAAGGAAGUACAACUUCUGAACACGCGCCACCAAGCAAGCGAGAUAGUACUACUGUUGAACAAAAGCCUUCUAGCCGAAAAGGAAGUACAACUUCUGAACACGCACCACCAAGCAAACGAGAAAGUAUUACUUCAGAACAACAAACAUCAAGCCGACGAGGAAGCAUCAAAGACGAACCACAGGUAUCAAGCCGACGAGGAAGCAUCAAAGACGAACCACAGGUAUCAAGCAAACGAGGAAGUACUGCUCAUGAACAACAGACUUCUAGCCGUCGAGAAAGUACUGCUGAUGAACCACAUGUAUCAAGCAAACGAAGUAGUACUGCUCCUGAACAAAAACCUUCUAGCCGAAAAGAAAGUACUGCUUCUGAACAAGAAGCACCCAGCAAACGAGGAAGUCUUGUCCAUAUCCUACAGACUUCCAGUCGUCGAGAAAGUACUUCUGAUGAACCUCAUACAACAAGCAAAAGAGGUAGUACUGUUCAUGAAGAACAGGUUUUCAGCCGUCGAGAAAGUUCUACUCAUGAAGCACAAUUAUCAAGCAAACGAGGAAGCAUUGCUUAUGAACAAAAACCUUCUAGCCGAAAAGGAAGUACUGUCUCAGAACACGAACCGUCUAGCAAACGAGAAAGUUUUACUCCUGAACAACACAUAUCCAGUCGACGAGAAAGUAGUAGUGAUCAACAUAAAAUAGCCAGUCGAAAGGGUAGUACUGCUUUUCAACAACAAUCACCAAGUAAAAGAGAAAGUUCUUCUCCAGAACAACAAUCAUUUAUUCACCGAAAAAGUCAUCAAGAAAUAUCCUCAAGCCGUCGAACAAGUACACAUCGAGAUAAUGAAUCAUCAAGUCCACAUCGUUCAGGUGUUGUUAACAAUAUAUCUCCAUCACAAGAAUCAAGUCGUCGUAAUAGUUUUAUCAAACAAGAACAUCAACCAAUACCUGUUUAUAUUAAUAAAGAUAAUCAUCCUUCAGGAUUAAAUAUCAUUGAUACAAAUCAUCAACAAAUAAACCAUGAAUCGAAUUCAUUACAUAGAGAUGUUCUAUCAUCAAACACGGGUGUUCCUGUUCGAACAUCAGCGAAAUAUGAACAAGAACGUACACCAUCUAUUGAAAAACGACAAAAAUCUUCAUCAACAGUUGAUGAAAAUGACAAACAUCAAUUAUCAUUCAAUCGACGUUCUGGUCAACAAUCAAAACGAAAUUCAAAUGUAAUUUCUGAUGAAACUGUUGUAACACCCAUUAUCAUGGAUUCAUCAAAAGCUCGACAACAGAGUGGAAAUCAUACAUUACGAAUGGAUUCUGAUAAUGAGUAUACUUCAAAAUCAAAAUUACCUCCGGUUAGUUCUUCAUUACAAAAUAAAACACAUCAUUCAGAAAUAAUAAAUAAACAAAAAAUACCACGAUCAAAUCGAUCAGAAAUGCAACAAUUAGCAUCAUCACGUACUUCAACACAAAGUGACGAGGAGCGACAAACACAUUGGACAAAACAAGUCCUUGUUCCAUCAAUUCCUUUAACUGAUGAUGAUGCUGGAUCACCACGUGAAGAGCAACCAAGACCGCAAUCACCCAAUGUUGAACAAAUAGCUGAACGUAAUCAACCACCAACACCACCAAUAACAAUAACAUCAGUAAAGAAACGAAAUAUUGCAGAUGGAAAAAAACUAAAAGAACAGCAAUUUAUAUCACGUCGAAGUGCUAGUGUUGAUUCAGUGAAUCCUAUUCGCAUGGUAGAUGAUAAUUCACUUGAUUCAACAUCAGAAAAUAAUUCAGACUUUGAGUCAAAGAGACGACGACAUGUGAAACCAAAAAAGAAAGAUGUUGAAACAAAUACCGAUGAAACAUAUGAUAUUCAACAACAAAACCAACAACGUAACUUUUUCGAUAACAGAGAAUCAACUCCACAAAAACCAUUAAAAGCAACAAAACCAAUGGUGGAUCAUUUUCAUUCAACACGUCGACGUGCACCAAAUAGUGAACAAAUAUUAGCAACUCCUGAUACAAUAUCAAACGCCGAUACACCUACUAUUCGACGUACAGUUAAAUUAUCAAAUGAUCACAAUCAAGAUAAAGAGCCUGUUAAUGUUAAUGUAACAGUUGUUGUUAAAAGAUUUGCUGGUACAAAUGAUGAUGGAACUUCACGUACAAUAACUGAAGCAUUUAUUGACCAGAAACCUCAACAAUAUUUUGAACAUGUUCAACAUCCACCAGCAAUUCUUCCACCAUCAUCGCCAACAGGAGAUAAAGAAAAACCUGAAGAAUCAAUUGAACGUCCCAGAACAUCUGAACAAUCACCAAUAAAAUCUUCAGAACAAAUUAUUGAACAUCAUGAUCGUGAAACGCAUUCAGAUACUGAACAUAUUAUAACUGACAAACAAAAAAAAAAUCGUCGACCAAAACGUAUAUCACGUACAUGUCAAACAUAUGAAUGUGUUUUUCGUCGUAUGGAACGGGAACAAUAUCAUGAUUUACGAGCAACAAGUGAUACAGAAAAAAAUAUUCAAACACUCAAAUCACAAUUGCGUCCGAGAAGAAAAUCAUCGAAGAAAAAUCUUCCACUUUAUUUAUCAGCUGAUUCGUUUAGAGUUGAAGAAUUAUUACCAAAAUCAUUUCAUCAAUCACGAAGAAAUAUGUCAAAAUCAUCUGCACUUGCUCGUAGUUUAUCACCACAAGGUGGUAAAUUAUUAAUUCUUCGUCCAACACUUCCAUUUCAUCAUACCGAUGCUGUUAAUGUUCAACGCGUAUGUCUUCAAUAUGCUAUUGAUUUAAUUCCAAAUGAUAAUAUGCCACAUGGUACAAUGUCUACUCAUCGAAAUAAAUCAAAUGUUUUUAAACAUCCAGAACAAACAACUAGUUUACCGAUGAUAAGUACAUCAUCAUCAGGAUUUAAUAUUCCAACAAAUAAAUCAAAUUCAAAAGAAAAAUCAGCUUCAAAUAAAAGUGAAGAAUAUAUGCAGCAACGUAAAACUGGUGGUGGUGUUUAA